CAUGUCACUUUAAGUAAUUGAUAUUAUAUCAAAAAUAUAGUCACCCCCACCAGUGUAGGUUUAUAACUCACUAAUUUGAUGCCGGUUAUGAUAACGGUUGAAGUGAAACUGUCUGUCUUUCCGAUAUUUAUCACUAAACUGUGUGGACGCAUUUUCUUUUCCUCUACUGUGAAUAAUUUCGAAGGAAUAUAAAUGGGUGAUGAGGAAAAAAAGGCACACAUGUGCUCAUGCUGCUUAUGCAGAUUUUUGUUUCAUUUCAACAAAGAUGGCAAUCAAAUGAUUUCAGGAAUCCUUAGGAAUCAUCGACACGAGCUUCAUCAACAUCAGCAGUCAUAUGCUUUUACGGUGGAACAUGGUGAACGAUCUUUAUCGAGAUAUUUUUCUUCAAAUAAACCGUCUACCCAUUUCAACUAUCCUCGGAGUUCAACCAGAAUUGAAAAUCCAACACAUGCAGGAUUUUCAACACAGCAGAGACUUUCAGCACCUCCAAGGCCUCCAACACAGCCCAGCUACCAAGAUUAUUCAAGAGUUCAUUCACAAAAUGGAUCUUCAUACCGUCCAGGAUAUUCUUUUUCUCCAAGGCCUCCAACACAACCUGGAUUUUUGGAACCAUCAAAAGCUCCAUCUCAGGCUUCAACAUCUUCAGCUCACCAUGAUAAUAUCAUAAUUCAUCCUGAAUCCUCAGAAGCUUUUACUGUUUCCGAAAAGCGUCGAAGAAUUAGUAGAUGGAAUGGUGCACCUGUUCCUUUCACUUCACAAUCUCAAAAAUGUCAUCCAAUUCCAACUGAAACCUUAUUUCCACAACAAAAAUUCCAACUUCCAACAAAUCUUUUACCUUCUGUUCCUGAAAAUUUGUCAAUUAAAAAAAAAUCUCUCAUUCCUCAUCUGCACCAUCAUCAUCACCAUCAUCUACUGAUUCUUCCGACUCUUCUUUAUCAUCAAUGGAGAAUACUAAUAAUAAUAAGAAGAAACCAGUUACUGUUGCUGAAAAAAUUAAAAAUUUAAAAAAAAAUUUUAAUCCACGAGACGAAGCAGUAAAACUUGAAUAUCGGAAAGGGGGAACGAUUGAAAAAAGGGAAAAGGCUGAGGAGGUGCCCAAUCCCUGUGUAAGGAAACCAACAAGACCUCAAAUGAAAUGUGAAAAAAUAAGGAAAAUGGUGAUCCUGCAAAAAAAAGUUAAAUUUUUAAGUGUUUAAGACUGAAAAGUGACAGUAAUUUUUAUUUUUUAUCAGUAAUUUCUUUUUCUUUGUGAUAAUUUUUUUUUCUUUGUGAUAUUUUUUUCUUAUUUAAUUAAAUUUUAACAAAAUUCCAUUUUUCCGAAAUUAAUCGGAUGUGUACGCGCUUAAAAAAAAAAGUAAUUUAAAAGCGCUUCAAUGUGUCUAUUUGAAGAUAUAAUUUUCUUUAAAUGAAAGUUUGAAUUUCCGAAUUUAAUCGGAUGUGAUUUCACACAAAAAAUUGUUAAAAGUGUUUUUUGUUUGUGAUGUUUGUGAAUGGUUUAAAGUUAUUUGAAUCUCAGUUUUUAGUACACUAUAAUAAUAAUAAUAAAAUUUUCACUUUUUUAAAACUUA